CAAGUGUGGGAUUUCCAGCUGCAAGUAUGGGAUCUUUAUUUGGUCUAACAAAAUUUUGGGCCCUUUUUUUUUUUUUUUCUUUCUUGUACAGCAACACAUGCCAUUAAAUUCACAAAAUGUGGCCGAUUAUUUGCAAAAGUUUAACCUCAAGAAGGUGGUAGUUCAAAAGGCAUUGGAUACUCUGGCUGAUACUGGAGAGAUCUCGUUCUCAAGGAGUACGGUAAGCAGAAGAUUUACAUCACCCGACAAGACCAAUUUGACAUCCCGAACAACGAAGAGCUUAAUAGGAUGGAGGAAAAAAAAUGCCAGCCUUCAGCAACACCUCCAGGAGCAAAGAAAAGCAGUCGGCGAGGUCGAGGGAGGAAAAACCAGAUUCAACCUGGGAAAGUCUGUGAAUUUAUGUAAUGCGAUGAAAACUGUGGGUGACAGCAGUGCUCUGCUUCGGCCUCGGCUUCUUCCGCUUUUGAUUUUAGUGCUUUACCAUGUGCAUGAGUGUAUUGUAAGUUUGAUGUAAUUUUUGAUGUGGCAGCUGAUGUGUAGAAGGCUGUUAUAUUAAGAAAAGCAGCCAGACCGCUUGGGAGCGGACUCUUAAAGAAAUAAUGGAGUUGGGGGGAGAGAAAAGAGGA